AUGACGGAGUUGUUGCAGCAACGGGACUUAAGUGAGCCUCAAUGCCAGUUCUUUGUAGUGCGUAAAAAAAGAUUAUGUCGAAUGACUGUGAAGCCAGGGCGGCAGUAUUGCGGUGAACACGAACCUCUACCUAAAACAGCUGAUGGUCAGGACGACUCUCGUGUACCAUGCCCGAACGAUCCCAAACACACCUGCUAUGUAAGUAAACUGAAAAAGCACCUGUUGAUCUGCAACGCACGCCCAGUGCAGCAGCCGCCUUACAUUGUUCACAAUAUUAACUGUCCCACAGAGACGGAUGUGUACGAGAGGAAGCCUCUCAGCCAACUGUCUAAGGAGACAAUCUUAGCAGUCAUAGACAAAGUAAAUGCUUUAUAUGACAAGCACAUAAACGGCCAGAUAGUGACAGAGCCAGAGCACCCCAUACACAGUGCAGUCCUAGAGGAGUUCUCAGAGGGAGAUAGAGCUGAAAGCUCCCUAAGACAUCUGAGACAGGUCUCCAGCUUGCUGUGGCUUGUUGAGCGAGAAGGUCUGGUUGGGGAUCAUACUUGCUAUGUGGAAUUGGGCGCUGGAAAAGGUCACGUGUCGUACUACGCUUGCAAUGCGUGGUGCGCGGGAGAGGAGGGCAGCUCAGCGCUGCUGGUGGACCGCGCGUCGCUGCGCCACAAGCGCGACAACAAGCUGCGCACGCGCACGGCGCAGCGCCUGCGCGCCGACCUGGCGCACCUGGCGCUGGGACACGUGCCCGCAGCCAGCGCUUGCCGCGCGCUCGUGGGGCUGGCCAAGCACCUGUGCGGGGUCGCUACUGAUUAUGCCCUGCGCUGUAUGACGAGUGAGAGCGCAGUGCGCAAAGCGCGCGGGCUGGUCCUGGCCACGUGCUGCCACCACCGCUGCCAGCAGCAAGCCUACGUCGCCAACGAACACUUACAGAAGCUCGGUAUAAGCGGCGAUGACCUGAACGUGAUGUUGGGAAUAGUAUCUUGGGCGACGUGCGGCGAUGGACGUAGCCGCCAGUACAGGGAGAAGUCCAACCUGCCUAAAGACCCCAACCAGGCCAUCGAUAUUAGCGAGUCUAACGAUGGCGAAGAACACCCUAGAGACGAAACAAAUGAGGAAGAUCAGGCGGGCGGGCACGAUCGACUGGUGCUAGGACAGGAAUACCGCGAGAAAGUCGGAAGGCGUGCGAAGCAGUUGCUCGACUGGGGCCGUGUGCUGUACCUCCGCGACUGUGGGUUCGACGCUCGGCUGUGCUACUUCGUACCCACCACUGUGUCGCCAGAAAAUGUUUGUAUAGUUGCCAAGAAGUGUAGAUGA